UCAGAGAACUCCAAGGCAAGACGAAUCUUUAUCAAAUUAAUUAUUAACAAGUAAUUUGUUUAAUUAACAGAUAUAUUAUCAAUAUGAAAGGUGCAACUUGUGUGUUUAUUUUGAGUGUGCUGUUUUGUGUUUUUGAAGCAUCUUACGGUUUGGUUGAAAGAGAAUGCGACAAAUUAGAGGAGCACGGGGGACAUUGUAACCAUCCCAAUAUGGAGCUAAAAACUUGCCCUCAGGUGUGCCCUGAGCCCUUUGUUUACUCUUCAUUUGCCCAUUGUAUGGGAGAUUGCUGCCAGUGCAAGGAUGGAUUUAAUAUGGAUUUUUCUACUUGCGAUGGUUUGGUGGUCAGAGAAUGUCACGACUUAGAAGAAAACGGUGGUCAUUGCAACCAUCCUAAUAUGGUUCUUGGAAAAUGUCUCAAAGUUUGUCCUGGACCACAUUCAGCUUCCUCAGAUUGUCUUGGAGAUUGUUGCAGAUGCCAACAAGGAUUUACUAUGGAUUAUGCUACUUGCCAAUGCAAUCCUUAUACUGACCCUGUAGGACAAUAAAAUAAAAUAACUAGCUGUUAUGGUACAUUAGUAAGAGAAUGCCACAAAUUGGAAGAAAAUGCCGACACUGCAAUCACCCAAACAUGAUGUUAGGAAUUUGCCUUCAACCUUGCAAAGGGCCUCAUGCACCUUUUUCCGAUUGCAUAGGAGAUUGUUGCAGGUGCAAAACAGGAUUCAAAAUGGAUUAUGCUACUUGCCAAUGCAAUCCUGAAAAUAAUGAAUGAAAAAUAUAUAUGAAAA